GGGGCUGCGACGUGGAAAACAUGGAGGCGAUGGAGUUGGUAAUUUAAAACUCCCUCUCGCUCUGAAAUUACUUCGCUUUUGAAUCCUACACAUUUUCAACAUUCACCUAAAUAGUAGUCAGAAGUAACUUUAACUGGCGUAACACCGGGUGGACUUAUUUUGCUUUCCCACUCGCCAAGAGAGCCACGGAAGCAGCUUGAAGGGUUUGUGACAGGUGUGAGCAUAUGCCGGCCAAACAAGCAGUAAGGCAGCACUGAGUCUGGACUCUGGAGAUGGGAGCUAACACCAGCCAGCUCAGUGACCUGCUCGACAACCCCAGCCUUAAGGCUCUGGUGGGCACUGAGUCCAUAUCGCAGAAUGACCCUUUUUGGAACCAGCUCAUCUCCUUUACUGUCAUUAGUCCCACCAGCAGUGGAGAUUGCAAGUUGCUGGAAGAGGCUGUGUUACCGCUGGCCAAGCUCCUAAUUGAAAACAAUCCCAGAACUGGAAACUUUGGCGCGCUGGUUAGAAUCUUCCUGGGACGAACCAAAGAGCUGAAAAUCUCCACAGAAUGCCAAGAUCAGCUGUUCAUCUGGCAGGCCCACAACGCUCUCUUCAUGAUCCGCUGCCUGCUCAAGGUACUCAUCCGGGAGAUAAGUGAGCAGGAGCUGCACUUGCAGUUCAGCUACCAAGAGAGGGCGCCAGGUUCCUGCGGAGGAGCCAGUCAUGAGGACCUCCUCGAGGAGCUCUUAUCCAACUUGGUGCACCUGAUCGUUGACGUGCCACUGCUUGACAUCACCUACAGCAUCCUGUUUGAAGCUGUCACCACCCUGCUGGUGUUCUUCUCCUACCAGUUGUUCUGCAAGGACAUCCUCAGAGAUGGUUUGAUCUACCGGCAUGUCAUGAAGGGACGAUGUUUGUCGCUGACCAGUCGCCUGGUGAAGACGCUGCUCUAUAACUUCAUCAGGCAGGAAAAAUGUCCGCCCCCAGCAACACACAUCUUUGAGCCCAAAGCAGAGGGCGGCCUUCUUUAUGGCCUGGCGUCUGGCGUUGCAAGUGGUUUAUGGAGUGUCUUCACCUUGGGUGGAGGUGGCAGCAAAGCAGGGGUGGACCUGGAGCACAACCCCUUACCAUUAUCCAACCAGAGCCUCCUGUUACUGCUGGUACUAGCCAACUUGACUGACGGGCCCGACUGUCCAAACCCCUACCGCCAGGCUAUUACCUGCUUCAGAAACACACAAGACACAUCAUCCAUUCCCGUAGAGCAAGCACACACGUUCCAGAUCAAUUUCAACAGCCUGUACACGGCGCUGUGCGAGCAGCAGUGCUCUGACCAGGCCACGCUCCUGCUCUACACACUGCUCCACCAGAAUGCCAACAUGAGGACCUACAUGCUCUCCAGAACAGACAUGGACAAUCUGGUGUUGCCCAUCCUGGAGAUCCUUUACCACGUAGAGGAAAGGAACUCCCAUCAUGUCUACAUGGCGCUCAUCAUCCUCCUCAUCCUUACAGAAGACGAUGCCUUCAACCGCUCCGUCCAUGAAGUGAUCCUGAAGAACGUAACGUGGUACUCAGAGAGGUCGUUGACCGAGAUCUCCCUCGGCAGCUUGCUCAUCCUGGUGGUGAUCCGAACUAUCCAGUUUAACAUGACCCGCACAAGGGACAAAUACCUCCACACCAACUGUUUGGCCGCACUUGCUAACAUGUCUGCCCAGUUCCGAUGUCUCCACCAGUACGCUGCCCAGCGUAUCAUCAGUCUAUUUGCUUUGCUUUCCAAGAAGCACAACAAGGUGCUGGAGCAGGCAACGCAGAGUCUGAGAGGCAGACAGGGGGACAACACGGUCCUGCCCGACUAUGCUCAGGACCUGAAUGUGAUUGAGGAAGUGAUCCGCAUGAUGCUGGAGAUCAUCAACUCUUGCCUCAGCAACUCGCUGCACCACAACCCCAACCUGGUGUACGCGCUGCUCUACAAGCGGGAGCUCUUUGAGCAGUUCAGGAUGCACCCAUCAUUCCAGGACAUCAUGCAGAACCUGGACACGGUGAUCGCGUUCUUCAGCCAGCGUCUGGAGCAGGCUGGAAGCGACCUAUCUGUGGAGAGGGUCCAGGAGGUGAUCAUGAAAGGAGCCCAGGCGCUGCCCACAGACAGGCUGAAGAAGUUUCCGGAGCUGAAAUUCAAGUAUGUGGAGGAGGACCAGCCCGAGGACUUCUUCAUCCCGUACGUGUGGUCGCUGGUCUUCAAUUCGGGAGUGGGCCUCCACUGGAGCCCGCACGGCAUCGAGCUCUUCAGCAUGGACUCCGGCUGAGUGUGUUUCCCCUAGUACAGACUGACACUUUGUACAAGUGUAUGUGUAUAAAACAGACUGUGUUUGAGUGUGUGUUGCUUUUUAUAGGACAUUGCUUUGGAAGUGCCUCGAUCUUGUGUUACAGCGGCGUCGCAGCGCAACCUCAUUUUGUUGUAAACCAAAACAAUGCCUCUGGCUUCUCCGCUGGGAAUCUUCCCGGGUCUUGACCUGCUUCCACAGUAAUGCUAAAGCUUCCCAAAGCUUAAGCGUCCCAUUGGUGGUAGGACAUAUAUUCAUUUAAGAGAGGACUUAGCACGCACAGAGGACUUAACACGCUGAAUAACUUAUUCACAGAUGCACUGAAUUGCGAAACUAUACACCAGGCAUUUCAUGAAUAUUCUGUAAAAUGCUUAUUUUCAAUCAUUAAUUAGCUUUUUAUUUGCGCUCGUGUCGCUCCUGAAGGAGCAUUAGGGCCACACUGAACAAAAAAACUUGACUAUAAGAAUGAUUUCAAAAUAUUACAAGAUCAGUUAUAUUUUUUUUUUACCAGAAAAAUAGGAUAAUUUUUUUUCUUGAAUAGUGUUCCCCCACUAUUUGCAGAAGAUGGGGACCGAGCCCUGCCACGAAUAACGAAAAUCUACGAGGAAAUGACCCCCCUAGCUCCCCCCAAUCAUAAGCAUACAUAGUUCUUUGGCACCAAGAUGCCACAUGAUGGCGGCUAAGCAGUUCUUUUAUUGCUUUGGUCUAAGCACAAAAACAGCAAGGUUAGUUUUUCACCAGAUGAUAAAUAAAAAAUAAUCUGUCAAUGCACAGUAUGUGAACUUCAAAUGACAAACUGCUAAUAUGCGGGGGGCAUACUAGUACAACGAUGAACACAUACCUGCAUUAAGUUGCACGCUCAUAAAUUACUUUUUUCCUUGCAAAAUACUGCUUUGUUUUCGUAACUUUGUCAGAAUUCCAGAUAUUACAAGAAAAUGCGACAAGAGGAGUUGAAAUGUGAAAAAAAUGUGGAAAAUGUUACUUUUUAUGAUAAUCAACUUAUUCCAUGAGUAGAUGCAUAAUAUUAUGACUAUCACCAAAACCUUCGUUGACAGGACUGCAGUUAUACUCUUAUUUUUUGUUGGUAGUUGAAUACUUUAUUUUUGUAAUAUGACUACUCAUAAAAUACUUUUUCUUAAAAACUAAGAGAAUUCAAAAUAUUGCGAGAAUAAAGUUGAAAUAUUUAGAGAUUUGCCUUUUUUCAUUAAUAAAUGCAUAAUGUUAAAAAAAAAAAGUUUUCUUUUUUUUUUUUAAAGGAGCUUUAUUUUUGUUAAUAUUCCAGCUUUUUUCUGACAAAAAUAUGACUAUGACAAUUCGAAAUAUUUUGAAGAUAAAGUCAAAAUAUUACAAGGAUGACUUCAUAAUAUAGCGUGAAAAAUGUCCUGAACUAAUUUUUGGAAAAUAGAUAUAUGAAUGUGAACAUAUGCUUGCGUUAAUAUAAGAACUGUUGAGCAAUUACAUUUCAACAAACACUGAAAUACUCUUAUAAGUUAUAAUUCCGAUUAAAAUUACAAGUACUUCCUCAUAGUACAAUGACCUCUUUUUCUAAAAAUAAUGCAACUUUUUUCUUUUAAUCAGGCUUUUUUUGUAUCUCAGAACUUUUUUCUUGAAAAUAUAGCUUUAUUUUUGUUCCAUUAAUUUUUUAAACACUACUUUAUACACUAAUUCAUGAAUAUGAGAAUCCAAAAUAUGAGAAUAAAGUUCAAAUAUAAGUAAUAAGAGAAUAGACUUUAAAAAAUGGUCGUAAUAAAUUUGUAAUGAAUUAAAAAAAAUACAAUUUCCAUAUUAUAGAUCCUUUCUUUAUGACUUUUUUCUUUUUAACUUUUACUGUUUUUCUUGACGUUUCAGUGUUCCCCUAAUUCUUCUCAGUACUGUCUGAAUGCCUUUGCUCUGUAAAAAUAAGAAUUAAUAUAACCCACUAUAACCAAGGCUAAUUGAAGUUUGAUUUCAGUUGCAGUACAGUAGCAGGUUACCUUCACUUCUUCACGUUGUCAUCAAGAGAAACAAGGCAAGUGUUUCAACCUCCUGUCCUCUUGUGUUUGUCUCUUUAUAUGCAUGUUUAGCAUUUGCAUUGAAUAUUUUUAUUUUUAUUUAUUUUUUUUAUAACUGGACCCCUCUAAAUGGGUGCAAAAAAAAUAAUUAUUAUUACCUAUUAUACAUACUUGAUGAACAUAUAGCAACAGGUGAAUUUUACUUUACCAGUACGGGUUUCAAUAAAAAACUAAUUGUAUCAAAGCA